UGUCUAAUCUUUAGAACUCGGCUGUGGAAAAAAUUCAAUCCAACAACGAACCAUGAGCGGAUGUCCGUUUUUUGCGAAAACUCACCAAUUUCCAACCAGUCCCAGCGAGGAGAACGAUGAUGCCCAAAAAGACACUGACAAAUCUUCCAAAGGAGAAAUCUUCUAUGGAGAGUACCUUCAGCUGGAUAAGAUCAUUACUGCUCAGAAACUACAGAGCGAACUGAAGGGCAACAAAAUCCACGAUGAGCAUCUGUUCAUAGUCACCCACCAAUCAUAUGAGUUAUGGUUUAAGCAGGUUAUGUGGGAGCUCGAUUCUGUGCGGGAACUGUUCAUCCACAAUCACGUUCGCGAUGAGCGCAACAUGCUGAAGGUGGUGAGCCGCAUCCACAGGAUCACUAUGAUCUUCAAGCUGCUGGUGGACCAGUUUGCUGUGCUGGAGACCAUGACUGCUUUGGAUUUCUUCGAUUUCCGGGAGUAUUUAUCCUCAGCUUCCGGUUUCCAAAGUCUUCAGUUUCGUCUUCUUGAGAAUAAGUUUGGGGUUUCGGAGAAACUGAGAGUUCCCUACAACCGGCGUCACUACAGAGACAAAUUCCAAGGGCAGGAGAGCGAGUCACUGGUCCAGACGGAGCAAGAGCCCACACUCCUGCAGCUCGUCGAGAAAUGGCUGGAGAGAACACCUGGUCUUGAAAAGGACGGCUUUGACUUCUGGGGAAAACUCCAAGCAAACAUUGCGGAAGGUUACAGGAUGGAGAAACAGACGCUUGAAAAAAUGGCUAAUUGUGAGAAAAAGCAGGACCUGCUGGAGGAUCUCACCAAGCAGAUGGAAGUGUUUACGUAUCUGUUUGACUCCAAGCAUCAUGAACAUCUCUUAAGCAAAGGGGAUCGCCGGUUGUCCUACAGAGCCCUCCAGGGAGCCCUAAUGAUUUACUUUUAUAGAGAGGAGCCUCGGUUUCAGGUGCCGUUCCAGCUCCUGACGUACCUGAUGGAGGUUGAUACGCUUAUGACCAAAUGGAGAUAUAAUCACGUGUGCAUGGUGCACAGAAUGAUCGGAAAUAAAGCGGGCACGGGAGGCUCUUCGGGUUACCAUUACCUCCGCUCGACCGUCAGCGACCGUUACAAAGUGUUUGUGGAUUUGUUCAACCUGGCGACAUACCUGGUCCCGCGGGCCUGGGUCCCCAAGCUGAACCCCACCGUGUACAAGUUCCAGUACAUCGCAGAGUGCAACGACAGCUCGUACAGCUCCAGCGGCUCGUGCAGCAGUGAGGAAGACUAACCAGACUAACCACACUACCCUCAGACACGCUAAUUCCCAAAAAUAAAAAGGAUCGCUGGGUGAAUUUUAGAAUUCGUUAUAUCAUAAUUAAGCUAAUCCGGUAGUGGUAUUUUUGUAUAUAUUAUUUAUUAGUUCUGGCAUGUACACAAUUAUAUAACCAUCUAUAGGGCCUGGGAGCCAUCUUGAAUUUGACCUAUACAUUAUAUGGACAAAUGUUUAUGGACACCUCAUGUGUGUUUGUUUUUUUCCCCCAUUCCUCAUUUAGUCCCCAUUUACUUUCAUGAUAACCACUCUUCUGGGAAGAUGUUCCACUAGAUUGAUUUUGGAGUGUUGAUGUAAGAGGAAGUGAGGAGGCCUGGGGUGGAGAUCUUCCAACCCAUGUAAAGCACAUCAUGGAGCUGGCUUUGCGCGUUGUCAUGCCGGAACGCCAUUGGGCUCCUAGAUGUCCAAAAAGAUCCAAAGACUGUACAAUCCUAUGGGAACAUUUUGGGGGGAAGAACUUCACAAGUCAUUUUUGUUGCAAUCCAUAAAGCUUUUUCUCCAUAUAGUGUGCUAGCAGGUGCAUUUUUUACAUAUGUAUUUCAAGACACUGUAGUUCAACCGAUGUAGAAACAUUGUGUAUUAUAUAUUAUUAUAGUCUGAUUUUUUUACUGCACGCUUUCAGAAGUGUGUGAGUUCGGAAAUUAAAAUUCUAAAACGGUUUCGAAAUUG